AUGAAAGAAGAAAACUGCUCUUCUCCACUCCGACUCCCUCCAAUCUUGAGGCAACCGUUAAGCAUCACUGGACUCUAUAUUCCAAGGGACAACAGGGUGUACCCAAAGAGCAACCAUGAAGAGCUAAGCCAGCAGGCUUAUGGAAAAAAGACUUUAAGUUCCCAGAAUGAUUAUAUCCCUUCAGUCAUUAAGGGACAUCGACACUUUGGCUUUGGAGGAUCAGUGUUGCCUGAGUCUGUAAUCGUUCAGCAAUAUUAUGACCUCACCCAAACCAAGAGAAGUAAUAUCCGACUGAAUGACCAGCUGGUCCCCAAACCAACAGACAUCGACAUGAGUAAGAAGAUGAUUAAAGUCGAUAUUCCAAGAGAACAUCCCUACAGCUCCCACAUCUCCCGGUAUCCCGCUAUAUUUCCAUCAUACCGAUCCCCAGUACAGCCCUCCAGUGCUUCUGCUCCUGUUCUCGUGUGGAGGCAUCAUCAAAGAACAAAAAUAUAA